AUGUCCUCAAACCGCCCAGCUGAUCAAGAUGAGCUGGAGUUGACCGACGCCAUGACCGAACUCAGCUGUGAGGGCGAUGACAAUCUGCCUGAGGAAUGGCGAGACGACCCUGAAAACCCCGGACUGGCCUUGGAGCGAUACUUCGACAGUCUGCCGAGAUACCAGAAGGAAUGGAAACAGCAGGGCCUGUCAACCUUCGAGGUCAUCAAGGAUACGAGAGCGAACCCGACGACGCAGACAUACAAGUUGACGACUGAUGAAUGGAUUACCGUCCCCGAGGAGGAGAUUCCUAAGCUCGAGGAACAAGGUUGGAAGGUCUACUGCCCUCCCUUUCCCGCAAUUGACCCAGAGAAGGGCAAUCAAGAUAAACGGCCUCCCGCUCCGCCUCCUGCAGACGUCAUAACUACGGACAAUCCAGUCGCCGACGGAAACCACUAUCUACGCGACGGAUUCGAGAUGGUGAAGCGCAUGUCGGAGAACAAGUGGAAGCCAGGCGACUUGCUAGACGAGGAUGGAUCUGAUCCCAAGGUGAAGGACGGAUUGGCAUCAUACGCAAGCCCCAGUGACCGGGACCAGAUCACCGACCUUCGCUCAGCCACAUCUACGAGUCAUCUCUUCCAUCACGAACGGCCAGAUGAUGUUUGCGUCGGAUGGGGUGGCUAUGACGAGUUCAGCCAUUGGCAAUCUUGUGGUCUCAGAGUCGCCAAAGAUAUAGUAGGCAUCGAAAACCCUAAAGCCGCGGAAGAUCCGGAAGCCAAGGAGAGAGUAGAGGAGCGAAAGUGGGAGAACGACAAUAACGGGGCAACAGAGUUCGUCAAUGAGGCAGGCGAGGCUGUUUUCACCAUGCCAGCGUACGUUACACAUCCUUUGCAACGCGGCGGUCGCCAGACCACCGGGAAAGCCAAGCCCAGGUCGCUCUACAGUCGCCUGCAUCCACACAAAACCGACAAGACCGCCAAAAAGCCUCAAGAUCCCAAAGAGCUCAAAGAGCCAACCAAAGUCUGGUGGUGGUAA